AUGGAUGCGGCGCGCCGCGCUCGAGUGCGCCUAGCGCCGCCGGGUAGAUCGCAGCGCGGCGAAGGCGGCGGCGCGAAGCCAGGCCGCGAGAGCGCGCGCGAGCGGGAGGCGCGGCGGCAGCAGCUGCAGCGGUCGCUGGACGAGGCGCAGAAGCCGCUCGCCGCCGCCCUCGCCGUCGCCUGGAAAGGUGCCGCUCCUCCCCGCUUCCUCUUCCCCUUCCACUUCACCCUCGCCUCGCAACGCCUCUCCCCGGCUGUAGAGAGUAGCAAGAGAGGCAAGGAUGGGGAAAGGGAGCUGGGCGGAGUGUGGGGAGCGGGAGACGUGUAUUCUCCCCACAUCUCAGUGUGCCUGGCUGCUCCCUCCCCCACCUCUCGUCCCCCUAGCCCCCCUCCUCUCCCGCCCUCUCCAAUCCCUUUUCUUUCUCUUCCCCCCACCCUGCCCCUUCAGUCGCACUACGAGGCGUGCGGUGCGGCGCUGCUGCAUCUCCUGGCAUUCCAUGCCCCACCAGCGCUGCAGUCGGUGCGGCAGGCAGCGGUGCGUGUGUGUGCGCGCAUGGCCACUGCAGGGGGGCGGUGGUGGCGGGAGAGUGUCAUGGGCGCCCUGCUGCUCGCGCUCUCAGCCUAUGUUGAUGCGCCGGGUAAGUGGGGUGGGACGGUUGGAGCGGGUGAAGGGGGUGGGACGUCCUGUGCUGCCUCUCUUGCGUUGCCUCUCCACUCUGUUCUACAUGCUACCCCUUGCCACCACCGCUGUGUGCCAAGCACCACAGGCCCCUGGACCCCUCUUGCCAUGUUCCCAUCCCGAUUUCCCUGUUCCCUUACCCACCCCAUGUGUUGCCCGCCUUCCACGCCCUCUGCUCACCUUACUCAACUCAAUUCAGCAUGCCCUGUGCUGUCUCCUCCCCUGCUCACCUGCACUACCCUGCCCUACGACCACGUGGUGCUGGACGCAUGCACUGCCCUCACUGCCUCGCUCCUCGCCCUGCCUCCACAACCUCCCUCCCGCCCACUCUGCCACGCCCCCAUUCCCACCCUCCCCUCUUCUCUCCUCGCACCCCCGCCCACCAUGCUCUCCCCUUCACCCCCGUCUGCCUCGCCCCUCGCACUGCCGCUCGCCACCGUCACACCCCCCCUGCUCGCCUCACUGUGGCGCCUCCAUCUCUCGCCCUCCUCAGCUGCCCCGAGCACCAAUGGCGGGGAGGGUACGAAGGGCGGCAAGGCCAGGUGUGGUGGAGAGGGGAGGAGGGGAGGAUUGGUGGCGCGGGCAGCAGAGUGGCUGUGGGGGGCAGCAGGCACGGGGGAUGGGAGGGGCGUGGGAGGGGAAGCAGUGGUGGGGCCGGAGGGAAGGGAAGGGGGCAUGGGCGGGGCAGGGGUGCAUGCUCACACCGCCACUGCUUCAAGCGGUGGGGAUGCGUGUGGAGGAGUGGUAGGAAUGGAUGGAGGUUCACAAGCGCAUAGCAGCACGUGCAGUAGUAGCACACCCACAGAUAGCAGCAGGCUGGGCGACAGCAGCAGCAGCGGGCGUGAGAAGAAGAAGAGCAGCGACGAUGAGCCCAUGGCCCCGUGGAAAAAGAGGCAGGCAGCAGCAGUGGCAGCAGUGCUGCACGUGCUGGUGCUGCUGCUGCAGCGCUGCCCGGCGGGUGGCCGGGAGGUGAAGAGGGAGGUGCUCGGCCUGCCCGCACACCUGUCAGGUGGCAGGGGGCGCAUGGCGCAGCUGGUGGGCAUGGCGCAGCUGGUGGGCAUGGCGCAGCCGCAUGGGGCGCACAUCGAUGGUUCUGCUGCUGCUGUUUCAGAAGCAGCGUUGAGCCUUCUCAGUGCCAUGGGUGAGCGGGCCAUGUGA